GGCUCUGCGCAUGUGUGGGAGGCGCCCGAGUUUCCCUUUGCAACUUUUGAGUGACGGGGACGCCGCCCCAGCCUGCCAGGUGCAGACGCCGCGCCUUCGCCGCAGGGAAGCCUGUGAAGGCUUGCGCUCCCCGGUCCUGGGGUCAGGAAGGCCCUGCAGGAAAUGAGUAGCAGGCCCGAGGCGUCCUGGGAGGCGGCUGGCGCUGCCUCUGUGUGUGCUAGAGCCGAAGCCGGAGCCGGCUCCAAGUGAGGACCUCUCAGAGGGACGCACCCACAAUCCUCUCUGCUGGUGAGUGUGGGGCAGGAGGGAGGGGCAGGCGCCGGGCCCUGCUGUCGGGUGGUGCCGCUGGGUGAGCCGCAGGAUCUGCCUCCCACAGGAGUCUCCGGGACUCUGUUUCAGAGCCACCAACUCCAUGGUUCUGGCCUCGUAUCUUCCAGCCAUUGCCAAAUCUCUUACGGGGGUUUUCUCUCCAGGGAGGACAGUCACGAUGACCGGCCCCCGGUCCCUGGAGCUGUGGCAGUCCGAGGCGGUGUCCCUGCGUGGGCGGCUGGGCCUCGGGGGCCAGCCCAACGACUCCUACUGCUACAACUCAGCCAAGAACAGCACUGUGCUGCAGGGGGUCACCUUUGGAGGCGUCCCCACCGUCCUGCUCAUAGACGUCGUUUGCUUCCUGUGUUUAAUUUCAGUGUUUACCAUCAUAAGAAGGAGAUUCUGGGAUUAUGGCCGCAUUGCGCUGGUGUCGGAAGUUGACAGUGAGUCCAGAUUCCAGAGAUUAUCUUCAUCUUCCUCUUUCGGGCAACAAGAUUUUGAAAGCGAGCUGGGAUGCUGCCCCUGGCUGACCGCCAUCUUCCGCCUGCACGAUGACCAGAUCCUGGAGUGGUGUGGGGAGGACGCCAUCCACUACCUGUCCUUCCAGAGACACAUCAUCUUCCUGCUGGUGGUGGUCAGCUGCUUGUCCCUGUGCGUCAUCCUGCCUGUCAACCUCUCGGGCGACUUGCUGGACAAAGACCCUUACAGUUUUGGGAGGACGACGAUAGCAAACCUGCAGACUGACAAUGACCUUCUGUGGCUGCACACCAUCUUCGCUGUCCUCUACCUCAUCCUCACCGUGGGCUUCAUGCGGCACCACACCCAGUCCAUCUGGUACAAGGAAGAGAGCCUGGUGAGGCGGACCCUGUUCAUCACGGGCCUCCCGAGAGACACCAAGAAGGAGACUGUGGAGAACCACUUCCGGGACGCGUAUCCCACAUGUGAGGUGUUGGACGUCCAGCUGUGCUACAACGUGGCCAGACUGCUGUCCCUGUGCAGGGAGAGGAAGAAGACAGAGAAGAGCCUGAACUAUUACACGAGCCUACGGGCAAAGACAGGCCAGUGGACCCUGAUCAACCCCAGGCCCUGUGGCCAGUUCUGCUGCUGCGAAGUGCCCGGCUGUGAGUGGGAGGAUGCCAUCGCUUACUACACGCGUCUGAAGGACAGGCUGACCGAGAGGAUCACGGAGGAGGAGCGCCGGGUCCAGGAGAGGCCACUGGGGAUGGCCUUCGUCACCUUCCAGGAGAAGUCCAUGGCCACCUACAUCCUGAAGGACUUUAAUGCCUGUAAGUGUCAGAACCUGCGGUGCAAAGGGGAGCCCCAGCCGUCCUCCUGCAGCGGGGAGCUCCACACCUCCAAAUGGACAGUGGCUUUUGCCACUUACCCCGAGGACAUUUGCUGGAAGAACCUGUCCAUCCAGGGCUUCCGCUGGUGGUUCCAGUGGCUGGGUAUCAACUUCACGCUCUUCGUGGGACUGUUUUUUCUGACCACGCCCUCCAUCAUCCUCUCCACCAUAGACAAGUUUAAUGUCACCAAACCCAUCCACGAGCUGAACGACCCCAUCAUUAGCCAGUUCUUCCCGACCCUCCUGCUCUGGUCCUUCUCGGCCCUGCUCCCCACCGCCGUGUACUACUCCACACUGCUGGAGUCUCACUGGACCAAGUCUGGAGAGAACCGGAUCAUGAUGUCAAAAGUCUACAUAUUUUUGAUCUUCAUGGUGCUGAUCCUGCCUUCUCUGGGCCUCACCAGUCUGGACUUUUUCUUCCGGUGGCUCUUUGACAAAACUUCCUCAGAAGGCUACAUCAGGCUGGAGUGCGUCUUCCUGCCUGACCAGGGUGCCUUCUUUGUGAACUACGUCAUCGCCUCGGCCUUCAUCGGCAACGGGAUGGAGCUGCUCCGGCUGCCAGGCCUGGUGCUCUACACCUUCCGCAUGUUCAUGGCCAAGACCGCAGCCGACCGCAGGAAUGUCAAGCAGACCCAGGCCUUCCAGUACGAGUUCGGCGCCAUGUACGCAUGGGUGCUGUGUGUCUUCACGGUCAUCAUGGCCUACAGCAUCACCUGCCCCAUCAUCGCACCCUUUGGCCUCAUCUACAUCCUGCUCAAGCACAUGGUGGACCGGCACAACCUCUACUUUGCUUACCUCCCGGCCAAGCUAGAGAAGAGGAUCCACCUGGCAGCUGUGAACCAGGCUCUGGCUGCGCCCAUCCUGUGCCUCUUCUGGCUCUGUUUCUUCUCCUUCCUGCGCCUGGGUCUGAGGGCCCCCCUCACCCUGUUUACACUCCUGGUCGUGCUGCUCACCAUCUUGGUCUGUGUGGCCUACACCUGCUUUGGAUGUUUCAAGCACCUCAGCCCUCUGAACUACAGGACGGAGGACUCGGGCAGUGACAGAGGAAGUGAGGCAGAUGCCCCCAGGCCAGCAGCCUUCACGCCCUACGUGCCCCGGAUUCUGAGCGGCCUGUCCUCAGAGAGAACAGCCCUGUCCCCGCAGCAGCAGCAGACCUAUGGCGCCAUCCACAGCAUCAGUGAGACUGUCCCAGGGCCCCGGGGACAGUGACAGCAGCAUACCUACCUACUAAGAGGCCUGAGGGCUGCUGGGCCAGGCUCGGAGCCAGGAGAGGAGACCCAGGCGGGAAGGUGGCUUGACUCAGGCCCCAGCCGAGCCCAGGAUGACUUCCCACCGGUUUUAAGCACAGCUGCUCUUAA